AUGGUAGCAGAAGGUGCCCUGGGUAUUCCAAACCUGUAUCAUUACUAUAAGGCAGCGAUUUUAAGCACCAUGUUAGCAGCACACGACCCCCAUUACACACCCCAGUGGGCAGUAAUAGAAGCCUUUUGGCUUAACAUAGACCACAUCCAUCAUACUUUCUGGACGGAUAGCACUCGGAGACCGAGACCAUUCCAAGGCCUCCCCACCACUCGGUUGCUGUUAGACACAUGGGACAGGGUGAGGAACACUUUGGUUACACAUCCAAGGAUACCAAUGGCAGCCCCACUGCAAUCCAUAAGCCUAAUGAUUCCCACCUUCAACCAUAAGCCAUGGACUGAUAAAGGUGUCACUCACGUACUCCAUCUGUACAACGGGGGGCACCUCAAAUCCUUCACAAGCCUACAGGAACAAUCUGACCUACCCGCGAAACUACUAUUCCCCUACCUACAAGUCAAAUCCCUACUAACAAACAACCCACCCAUAAACCCUGAGAAGGGAACACAAGCACUAACAUCUAAGUUCGAAAACAUGUGCCUAUCUAACAAGCCCAACGCCAAGUCUCUCUCCACAUGCUAUCACUUGAUUCUACACAAUCAACCACUGACACAGGAACACUACCAAAAGGCAUGGCAUGCAGACCUAGGCAUAGAGUUAAGCCCAGAACAGUGGAAAAGAGCUUACACAGCACACAGAGGCCUGACAUCAUGCGCCCAACACCUAGAAUUAUAA